AUGCACGCGUUGGCGGUGGCGGAAGUAUCACAUCAAGCGAAGCUAGUCAAGGUAGAGGAAGGCGCUGAGAUGGCGGGACCCAGGAUGUGGGCGCAUAACGUUGUAGCAACCACCUCCAUUGUUGUGCUGUACAUGCAUGUUCUCAUCUUUUCACGCCGUCAUAAGGAAUACCCCGCUCGUUUGAGAUGUGAUGUGCCAGAACGUGCAGCUCAACAUUUCAAUCGACUAGGCACACACCGCUUCGCUUCGAGGCGUACGUAUCAGCGCUUUGCGUUCGCGGACUGGGGUCCCCUCAUUUCAGCUGAGACGACGCAUGAUACUACAACUCCACCUCUUCGUAAGACAAACCCUCCUACUUCUCCUUCGGCAGUUCCUCCCUUCGAUCGUCCUCUGCAGCCACCGGCGCCGCCAGCAUCGAUCCUAGGUGCUUACGAGAAUUUUCGCGAGAUAAACGAUCUGUGGGAGGCCAAAUUCGGCAUCGACAAGAAUGGGGCUGUCGACCUUACUCCAGUACAAUGGGCGACGAUUUUUGAAGGAAAUCGUUAUCCCUACUUUAUCCCAGCCCCCGUUGGUUUGGACAUACUAGCAUUGGCUGGCCACCUUUCUAAGGCUUUGAACUUAGGCGAGGGUCUUCUUCCUGCGAUUGCAAAGAAUUCUUUGCCUAUUAUUCAGAAACGGGCCGCUUUAGAACCGGAUAGAGGAUGCUUGGCCACGUUCAUGAAAUUUCAGAUUACAGCAUUCCUAAACAAACGUGUCGUGGUCAAACUAAAGGGGGAGGACCUAUGUCGGUAA